UCUCUGUUUACUCUAGGAGCAUGGGAGUGGACAUCAGGACUGUGGUUCUUGCAUUGUGGUUCUCCAUUUUCAAACCUUGCCGUCGCAAAGUCUGUUUUCAAGCCGGGAAGAAGGUAAAGUUGGUGUCAGCUCAGUGGCUUAGAAGGGAUCUGAUUUCAACAUGCAGAGCUCCAGAUCAUUCCUGUUCCAGGUGUGUGUGUGUCUGGUGGCUUCUAUUUGUUCUUGCACCUGUAAAGCUCUCAACAAUGACAUCCAGAAUGAGCAUCAUGAGAGACUCUACUCGCAGCUGUUAGAGGAGGACCUACUGGAGGAGGAAGACACAAACUCCAAGAUGGAGAACCUCCCGGGUAUCAUGAAGGAGGUUUUUCUGAGGAAACUCAACCUGUCGGAUGUUCCUCAGGAGAACAGUAAGAUCUACCCCCCUCAGUUUAUGAUGGAGCUCUACAAUAAGUACGCCUCGGACAGCUUGGCAAACCCUCAGUCUGAUGUCAUACGAAGCUUCACUGUCCAAGAUAUCUCCCUCUCUGUGACAAAUGGCACAAAGUCAAAGUACAGGCUGCAGUUCAACAUCAGCAUCCCCAACCAUGAAAAGAUCACUACUGCUGAACUACACCUCUUCUUCUUCCCAGAUGCCACGUCAACCGUCAGCUUCCACAAUUUCAAGUCCACCAUCAAAGUCUAUGAAGUGGAUUACAACAAUUUCACAUCCACCACCCAACUGUUGGUUGGCAAAGAGGUGACAAGCCUGGAGAACACAUGGGAGACGUUUGAUUUGACCCUAUUUAUUCAGAGGUGGAUCAAGGCGGGCCAUGCAGCAACUGUUUUUGAUGUAGUGGUUGAUAGGAAGGACUGUGGGGGCUCUAAAGGUGGAGAAGAAGGAGCAGGCUGUUUGAAUAUGAGUGUGUCUUUUGGAGAUAACACUUCAGCAGCUUUAAUAGUCUUCUCAGAUGACCUGGGUAGCAGGAGUAGGGAGACAAAGAAGGAAUUAAGAGAGAUGAUCCUCCGCGAAGAAGAAACCAUCUUACACUCGGGCGCCGACUGGAACAGAGGAGAGCUUCCAAACGAGAUCCCGGAGGAUCAUCAUCUACGGAGAAAGAAAAGAAAGGCAGAGAGGGAAUAUUGCCGGCGGACCUCUCUCAAAGUCAACUUUAAAGACAUUGGAUGGGACAGCUGGAUUGUGGCGCCUCCAGAAUAUGAUGCCUUUGAAUGUCGAGGCCUGUGUUACCACCCAUUGACGGACGAAAUGACUCCGUCAAAACACGCCCUCAUCCAGACGCUGCUCAACAUCAAGAACCCCAAGAAGGCCAAUAUGGCUUGCUGUGUCCCCAUUAAACUGGACCCCAUCACAGUAAUGUACCAGGAGAAUGGACGCCUAACUAUAAGAUACCUUUAUGAAGAGAUGAAAGUGGCAGAGUGUGGCUGCAGGUAGUCACAGAGACUUGGUUUGCUCUGGUGGUAGCACACGUAAUUUACUGGUAUAGUUGGUCCCUCCAUUGGUCCAGUGAUAGGAACAUAA